CUCCUCUAUUUAUGCGCGCCGGAACCACAUAAACCAUCCCAAAACACGGCAGACAGAGCAAAACCUCCCUCCCUGUUACUUGCAGCUGCAACGCUUUACCUAGUUCUUUAUAUCCAAUCUCGCUUCACCAAGAACAAGAAGAAUACCCAAAUCAGAAAAAGAAACAGAAAGAUCAACCGUAAGCGCCGGAUUGUCCAUUUCCGCUCCAGAAGAGAACAGAAGGCGUGAUUAGCGAGAAUGGUGGCGAUCGAGAACCAGAGCCAGGCCCAGAGGCCGGCGGAGCCCGCGAGGAUCCCCAAGGAGGCGCGGCGGCUCCUGCACGACCUGGCGGCGGCGUGGCCGAACGUGGCUGACUGCCGCGCGCUGGAGGUGGUGCCGCUCAAGGGCGCCAUGACCAACGAGGUGUACCAGGUGCGCUGGCUCACCGCCCCGGCCGGCGGCGAGGCGGGCGCGGGGGCGGGGGCGCUCAAGGAGAGGGAGGUGAGGAAGGUGCUCGUGCGGAUUUACGGCGACGGCGUCGACCUCUUCUUCGACCGCGAGGACGAGCUGCGCACCUUCGAGUGCAUGUCCCGCCACGGCCAGGGCCCCCGCCUCCUCGGCCGCUUCCCCAACGGCCGCGUCGAGGAGUUCAUCCACGCACGGACGCUGUCGGCUCCCGAUAUGCGCGAUCCUGAAAUUUCAGCUCUGGUGGCUACAAAACUGAGGGAAUUCCACAACCUUGACAUGCCUGGUCCCAAGCAUGUGCUCCUCUGGGACAGACUGAAGAACUGGCUCAAAACUGCCAAUAACCUGUGCCCAACCGAUCAGGCCAACGAACUACGCUUGGAUUGCCUGGAGGAUGAGAUCGCCUCGCUGGAGAAGGAAUUCUCAGGGGAUUACCACCACUGGAUUGGUUUCUGCCACAAUGAUCUACAGUAUGGCAACAUCAUGAUGGAUGAAGAGACCAACAUGCUGACCAUCAUUGACUACGAGUAUGCAAGCUUCAACCCAGUUGCAUAUGACAUCGCUAACCAUUUCUGUGAGAUGGCGGCAGACUACCAUUCGGAAAAGCCUCAUAUACUGGACUACAGUAAAUAUCCAGAUAUCGACGAGCAGAGGCGUUUCGUGAAGACUUACCUGAGCACUUCUCGUGAGUACAAUACUCCAUUAUCUUGGUUCGAUUGUCCGACGACUCCUUUCAUGCUAAUACUUCUUUGUUGGGCAGGCGAGGAACCUGAAACGGAGGAGCUGGAGAAUCUGCUCCAGAGCGUGGAGAAGUACACGCUCGCGAGUCAUCUGGUUUGGGGCCUCUGGGGAAUAAUAUCAGAUCGUGUCAGUGACAUCGACUUUGAUUACCAGGAGUAUGCAAGGCAGAGAUUCGAGCAGUACUGGCAGAAGAAGCCUGCCGUCCUAACCUCAUGAAUAGCUGUACCUAUUGCUUCAGGAACUCCCUGAGGGCCUGUGCUGCUGCACACAAACUGUGCAGUGUUACUAACACACAUAUCCCCUGGCUGGGAUAAUGACAGGAAGGAUAUGAAAGAAGCAUACUAUUACAAGGAAGCAUAAGCCCGUUCCAGGGUCAGACGUUCCCAUUUCGAACCUUGACAAGGUCCAGCUUCAGAAAGGAAGCUGUCUAUGGGGGCUUUGGUUGAUUGUUUAUAGGUAUAGCCUCGACGGCUCGACGCAACGAUGAUAAAGCCUUGGAGUUGCAUUUUGUAUGUUGUUUUCCUAAGCACCGCUGGUGGUGUUCGUGUGAUUUUGUGCUAGUAAUGUAUGUAUACUUGACGGACAAAGUAUGUACUAUAAGACAUCUCGUGAAAGAAGUAAUUUCCUCA